AUGGUCACCGUGCGAAUUGUUCUAGCGGUCGCUGCAGCAAAAAGAUGGGAGCUUCACCAAAUGGACGUACACAAUGCGUUUCUUCAUGGUGAUUUACAAGAAGAGGUCUUCAUGAAAUUUCCCCCGGCUUUCACACGUCUCAACCAGAGAAAAUAUGCUCUGGAUAUUAUUAGUGAAGUUGGCUUACUUGGUGUAAAACCUGUGAGUACUCCACUCGAACAAAAUCAUCAUCUUAGCCUUUCCAAUAGUGAGCUUCUUGCUGAUCUUGAUCGCUAUCGUAGGUUGCUGAACAAGAUUGAUGCUUAUACACAGACAAGAGUGGAUCCUCAAAUAAUUGUUGAUAAAUUCAAAGAACGUCGUAUGUUGAACUGCAGCAGACUUCCUUUGAGAUAUUGGAAAAAAGAUAUUUCUGUUUUUUCCGAGGAGAAAGAGCAGGCUCAAGUAUCUAGAGGUGCUGCAGAGACAGAGUUAGAGAGAGUUAGAGAUGCAGCAGACAGGCAGACAAGAGAACUAUCAGAGGCCAGCAGUACCAUAAAGGAUCUAGAAGUUGAACUAUCUCAGGUUGAAAAUAAGGCAAAUUUAUUGACCCAAAAGAAUAAUGCUGAUCAAGUUGUCAAGACUGAAUUGGAAGAUGGAUUGAAGAAGCUGCUAGAUGAAGCAGCAAAUAAUGCUAGCAAGUUGGUAGGUUCCUCUGAAACUAUAAAAUCACUGGAAGAUGCAUUGUUGAAGGCGCAAGAUGAUAUUUUUACCCUGGAAGAUGCAAAUAAAAUUGCCAAACAGGAGAUAUCUUCGCUCAGUUUAAAGUUAAAUUCAUACAUGGAUGAGUUAGCUGGAAAGAAUCGCAGCUUAGAGAACAAAUCUCUAGAGCUCAUUGGAUUCCUUAAUGAUCUUCAAGUGCUUAUGAAAGACGAUACUCUAUUUCUUAGGAUAAAACAAUGCUUUGAGAGAAAAUGUGAGACCUUGAAGAAUGUGGAUCUCAUUGUGAGCAAAGUAAGAAACCAUAUUUCCCUGUCCGCUAAGGAUUCUAGAGGGCACCUUGAGAUGGAGGAAGAUCCACCUGUGAGAAAAUCAUUUUCAGAUGGCCUUGAAAAAUUUGAAGUCGAAUUGGACAAUAGGGAGAUUAAUGGAAUUGAUAUUGACACCAUAAUUUCAUCAUUUGGAAAGAUUGUGAAAGGAUUUCAGUUGAGAAAUGAACAUAUUGCAGAUAAGUUUGAUGAUUUUUCUGAUUCUAUCGAUGCCUUUAUUUCUCCUCUCCAUGGAAAACUACUGGAGAAAAGUGAACUUCAGAAGGAAGUUCACCAAAAUCGUGGGCAACUUGGCUCCACUUUUGAGGUUGAGAAGCUAAACCACAAAGCAGAUGAACAAGUAGAACAUCAUAAGAACAACACUGUAGAGGAGCUUAAUUAA